AUGAUCGAAUUCACGCUGCAAAAUGGACUAUACGUAAUAAACACCUUCGUUAAGAAACAUCCAAAUCGAAAAUGUACCUGGGCAAGUCCAGACGGAAUUACCAAGAACGAGAUAGAUUUAAUCAUGACUGAUAAAAACUGGAUAAUUAGAGAUGUACAAGUAUUGGACGAAUUCUCCAUAGGAAGUGACCACCGAAUAGUUCGAACUAGAAUUGAAUUCAACCUUAAAUCUGAACGACGAAAAAGGAUAAAGAAGAGGCCCACGAGAACAUGGGAACCAGAAAAGCCAGAAGAAUAUAGAGCAAUGGUAGCUGAAAACUUAGGAAAUCUGGAAAAUAGGGAGAUUGAAGAUAUAAAUAAUUACAGUGUAACUAUUUUAACGCAAGCUAUUAAAGAAAGUUGUCCUAAAAAAGAUAAUCAGGGAAACACAAAACUAACCCAAAACACAAAAGAUCUGAUAAAACAGCGAAGAGUUAUGACAAACCAACACUCAGAUGAUUAUAGGAAACUUAAUAAGAAGAUAUGA